CUCUCUCUCUCUCUCUCUGUCCAACUUCAAACUUGCUCUGAUCUCGCCGCCUCUUCCCUCCCUCCAGGAGAUAGCUACCAUACCAAGGCAACACCUCGUUGCUCGUACCACCAGAAACCAUCACCUUGACAAGCCUUAGCUAUUAGCUACCAUACCUCGGCAGCUAGCCCAUCUUCGUCUACCCACCAUCUAUCAAAAAGAGCUAGUCCUUGCUGCAAUUCAACCACUUGCAUUGGCAACCUGCAGCAUGGGGAGAACCAAGCAGCAGUCGUCGUCGUCGUCGUCCUUCUGGUACUCGCGGCGCCGCGCCUCCUCCGCGCCCGCCACGCCCCGGCCGGAGCAAGCGUCGGCGGCGGACCCGCCCAUCGGCUGCAUGUCCAUGGUGCACUACCUCAUCUUCGCGCCCGGCGCCGGCUGCGUCGGCCGCCCGCCGGCCUCCUCCAACGCCGCCGUCGUCACGCCGCACGGCUUCCUCAGCCCCCGCCGCGACGGCGGCGGCGGCAAGAGCGGAUUCGAGGCACCCAGGAACAGCCUCGACCUCGACGCCGACAACCCCAACGACAUCCAGAUCGGCGUGCAGAUCGAGCCGGUGUUCGACGCCCUGGCGCGGACCAACCUGCGCCGCCCAAAGCCCACCGCGCAGUCCUCCGAGGCCGAGACGCCCAGGACGCCCGGCCUCGUCGCGCGCCUCAUGGGCAUCGACGGCCUGCCGGACUCCCAGCAGCCCUCGCCGUCCGCGGCGCAGCAGUACAGGAAGCAGCCCGCCUCCUCCUCCAAGAAGGAGAACCGCAACUGCCGCUCGGCGCCGGCGUCGGCCGCCAAGGCGGAGAAGAAGAAGCGCGUCAUCCCGGAGUCCAUGAACCGGGAGCCGCUGCGGAGCCUGAGCUGCAACGUCGGCGGCGGCGAGGCGCGGUCCCUGCCGGACACGCCGCCGCGCGCGUCCACGUCGGCGCGGGCGUCGUGGGACGGGCCCAGGCUGUCGCUGCAGGCGCUCAAGGAGAGCGUCCUCGACCGGGCGGCGCAGUACAUGUCUAUGCCCAGCUCGCCCACGUCCUCCUCCGCCGGCAAGAUGAAGAAUGCGUGCAGCCGGCGGCGGCGGCAGGACGAGAGGGCGGCCAAGGAGCACGCGCGCGAGAUCCUCAGGCAGGCCAAGGAGAACGUCGCCAGCCGCAAGUCCUCGUCCAAGAGUAGUAAGAGCAGAUCCUCGUCGCCGGCGCCGGAGAAGAGGCGCAGCAGCGUCUUCAACGACAACAAGGAGAACGUGCUGACGAGCCCCGCCGCCCCAGCUCCGGCGGCUGUGGAGGACAAGCACAAGCUUGUCGUCGUCCAAGCAGCAGGUGGCAAGCCGAUGUCGGCGGCGAAAGUGCAGCAAGGCACCACUGAGCAUCCUCCGUCACAGAGCCCCUGCAGGGUGCCACUGGCUCCGAGGCAGCCUCCGCCGCCGCAGCGGGCCAAGCCGUCGCGGCCGCCGCCCCCGCCGCCGCCGCUCGAUCCGCCCACGAGAGCGAGGAAACCGGACGGGUGCGAGCGCUUCGCUACGCGGAUCAAGAAGCAGCCAGCUGCCGCCGGAGGACAGGCUCCCGCGUCGGCGUCGGCGUCACCGGUGGUGGCCCUGCCAUCCGCGCCGGCGAGCAGCUCAGGGUCUGCCGCGGUGCCGCUGGAGGAGGACCCCGAGUACGGGUACCUCCGUUCGGUGCUGGAGCGCGGCGGGUUCAUGCGGUCGGCGCCGCCGCCCCGGCGGCCGUUCAAGGGCCACAACUCGGUGGCGUCGCCGGUGGACCCGAUCGUGUUCCACCUCCUGGAGCUGGAGCUCCCCGCGGACGAGGCGCGGCUGGGCCCCCUCCGGCACCGGUGGAACCGGAAGCUGCUGUUCCACCUGGCGCAGGAGCUGCUGGCGGACCUGCUGCUGGGGCUGGACUCGCCGGCGCCGGCGCCGGAGCCGAGCGGCCCGCCGCUGCUGGGGAUGGUGUGGCGGAAGGUGCGGAGCUUCCCGGCGGCGGACUGCCAGGUGGUGGGCGACAUCGACGCGCUGGUGGCGGCGGACCUGGAGGCGGCGCGCGUGCGGCGGCUGGAAAGGCACCCGGCGGUGGCGCAAGAGGCCGCGGACGUGGCGGAGGAGGUGGCGGAGCGGGUCCUGGAGGCGCUCCUCGGGGAGUGCGUGAGCGUGGCCGUGUGCGUGGCGGAGGAAUCCGGAUCUGCCCCCGCCUGCGCCGGCCGCCGCACCUGACAGGCGAGGUAGCCGUUGUGGUGGACGGGCGCGGAGCGUGACGUCAGGCGGGCAGCGGAUCUCAACGGAAACAGCGGGGGCGCUCACUUCACCACCAUGCCCUGCUCUGCUGCUGCUAUGCAGAGGUUGGCUGCAGGCCACGCAGCUUCUGCCUGCGCAACGGUCCGCGCAUCGAGAUGCGUGCCCCUGGCCUGCCGGUGCCGGUGCUGGUGCACAGUGAAGUGACGGCCGGCGUGGCCUACUUCGGCGGUGGAUCGCCAUCGCCUGUACGCGAUUUUCUUUUGUCGGCGUUGGCCAUGUGGGUGUAUCUACAUAUACGGUCGGAGUACCCUCCUCUUGGUGCGAGAGCGAUCCACUUGUUUGAUUUUUGAAAUGUAUACUCCCGUGUCAACAAGAAUAUAAUUGAUGGGCAUGGUGAUAAUAAUGUGUGUCUGGUACGGUACGGCCGAUAUAUGCGCGGUGCAGAGGAGCGCAGCUGUGGUCAGGUCCCUCCGGUUUAAAAUCCCAACCACACUGUUCACUGAUGAUCAUGGCGCCUGUUUGAUUUUCUUUUUUCGAAAUGUAUAGAUCGAAUGUGUCGUGCACUCGUGCCCGUUUAGAA